AUGGCGGAUGUAGAUGCUACUAAGUCUUUGAGCGGUCUAUUGAAUGGAAUCGCCCAAAAAGUGUAUUAUAACAACCCCGAAAUCACAGAGGAGCUGUUGAAAAGUGAAUUAUAUCCGGACCUGUCGCAAGACGAGUUCAAGGCUUUACACGACAAAAUGAGAGGCCUUUUGAAGUCCAUUGCUUCAGCAGACAUGGACCACACCCAGCUGGAGGCCUUCCUCACAGCCCAGACCAAGAAGCAGGGAGGUGCCGGGGUGAGCGCUGAACAGGCUGCCGCCCUGUCUCGCUUCUGGAAGAGUCAGAGGACGCGGGUGAAGGAGAGCCUGCUGUCCCAGAGCCACUGGGAGCCCAGCCUCAGGGGCCUCUCCUGGAGGGUGGACCUACAGACAGCAGCGGGUCGGGGGGAUGCAGCCCAAGGUGGGCCGGUUGCUCUGGUGGAGUUGGAGCUGGGCCGGAUGGGACAGGAUUCAGAGUUCGUGUGUUUGGAGUUCGAUGAAGCCAAAGUCAACCAGAUGCUGAAGAAGAUGGCUGACAUCCAGAACAGCAUUGACAGCAUUGUUCAUCGCACCUCGCAGCAGAAGAACGCUGAGGCGUAAUCCGACGUGGCUGAGAUCUUUCCUGUUUGCCAUCAUGUCUGGUCUCCGUCCUGUGUUCACCAGCCUCAGUCAGAGGAACAACACCUGCCUUCAAACCCAGACAUCUGCAUUCAAGGAUGCAACGGGAGACGCUCAUAUUAUUCUGAGUAGAUGGGCUGAGACAUGUAGCCUGUUGUAAUUCAAAGAACAGUUCUGUUUUACUGCUCUGAGGUCUUUCAACUUUUUGUCACCCACCUCUGAAUCCUCUUUGACACUUCAGCAGCAAAUAAAAAAUACAGCUCUGGACUUUUAAAACA